AUGUCGUCGCCACCACCAGCAACAAUACGAAACGAUGACCUCGAGACCGGUGACUUGAAGCUCGAGGAGACUGGCCAUGGACCUCAACUUCCAGAACCGCAGGCCGACUCCAAGUCGGAGGACGCUGUGACCACUGCCACCGAGCCAGUGGAACCAUACACUAUCUUUACAGACCGCCAGAGGUGGCUCAUUGCCAUCGUGGCCGCUAUUGGGGCUACAUGCUCACCGAUCUCAUCCAACAUAUACGUCCCCGCCAUCCCCACGCUCGCAGAUGCGUUCCAUGUCUCUGAGGAGAAGAUCAACUUGACAGUGACAGUGUACCUUAUCUUCCAAGCAAUCACCCCAGCGUUCUGGGGUGCCGCAGCGGACGCCUACGGCCGGAGACCAGUUUUCAUCGCCACCGUCCUCAUGUUCACACUAGCCUGCAUUGGGACAGCACUGUGUCCGACCUCGGACUACUGGUUGCUGGUCCUGAUGCGAAUCCUCCAGGCAUCGGGCGCCAGCGCGACCAUUGCCGUUGGCGCUGGAGUCAUUGCCGACAUGGCUCUCCCGCAUGAGAGGGGCAAGUUUCUCGCCGUGUUUAAUGUCACGUCAACGUUUGGGCCCAGCAUGGGGCCGCUGCUUGGUGGUGUGUUUGCCUACACGCUCGGAUGGAGGUCAAUUUUCUGGUUUCUUACCAUCAUGGGCGGCGUCGUGCUUGUCCCCAUGGUAUUGGCGUUUCCAGAGACACUGCGAUCUAUCGUUGGCAACGGAUCGCUGCCUCCUCCCAUCCUCAACUGUACCCCGCAGGCCUGCAUCCGUCGCCGACGGUCAGAGAAGGAGUAUGCACAAGGAGGGCUGGGUAGCGACGCUGUUGCACCACUACCUUAUAAAAGGACAAUCUUCUCCACCCUCCUGGACCAGAUCUAUCACUACUCUGAAAUCAUCAUUGGCGUGUGCUACAUCUCCAACGGCGCCGGUGUGGCCGUGGGCGGCAUCGCGACCGGCCGACUGAUGGACAAGAUGUACAACAGGGAAAAGGUCCGUGUCGGCGGCGACCAUCGCACGACGGACGAGUUCCGUCUUGAGUGGGUACGCCUGUCCAUCCUCCCUUGGCAUGCGGGUAUCCUCAUCGUGUCGUCUAUUGGACUCGGUUGGAGUAUGAAGUAUCACGUCCACGUCAGCGUGCCGCUCAUCUUAAACUUUAUCUUUGGUAUCGGCACGGGGUUCCUCGCUGUCACGACCAUCUUUGCCUUGGACCUGUUCCCUGGUAAAGGAGGUGCGGUUACUGCAUCAUUCAACCUCACGCGAUGCCUGUUCGGUGCGGUGGAAGUAGCCACUGUGCAGCUCAUCAACAAGGCGAUGGGUGCCGGGUGGAUGUUUGUCCUCCUUUCUGGAAUCUGCCUGCUGGCCACGCCACUGCCAUUGCUGGUGGAGGGAGGCGGAAAGCAUCACGUAGCCCAUGUCCGCCUCGCCACCCACAUUGUGACGGGUCACCAAGCGGCGUGCAAGAUUCUCCCCGCCCUCCACGGCCAUCCUGGCAUCCCCGUCGACUGGAACGCCACUCUUGACGCUAUCGAGGCGCACAAAGAGAUGGUCCUGCUCAAGGCGUUUGCUGGUGCCAAGCUUGCCGGCGUCGUGAGGCUCGAGGGCGUCUUGGAGGAAGGUGGAUGGACCUACGUCUUCCUCACCCUCUAUCCACAUUCCCUCUCCUCUCUCGCCCACCCAGUGCCGGAUGUAACCAUUGUCCCGUUCUUCCGCAAGCUCCUCAGUGCCAUGCACACCCUCCACAUGUUGGACAUUAGCCACGAGGACAUCAAGCGCUCCAACGUUCUCCUCGACAUCCGUGGCAAGGACGUCCAUCCCAUCCUGGUGGACUUUGGAUUCAGCCACUUCUGGCCCAACAACACUCGCGGUGUUCGCAGCCUGGGGGGUACAUUUGACUACUCAAGCCCUGAAAAGGUUGCAGAUGACCGCUACGAUCCUCGAGCCAACGACGUGUGGUCACUUGGUGUCCUCCUCAUAAAGAUGCUGGACAUCCCCCACCCCUAUGUUGACCGUAACGACCCCAACGAGACUACCAAGAUGGCCAAGCGUCGUAUCGUCGACGGCGACGCCAGGUGGCAGUGGCGCGACAUUGACAUGGUCCCCGGCGGCCGUGCCGAGCUCAUCAUGGGCAUGCUUGAGCGUGACCCCCAGAAGCGCAUGACUAUCCCUCAGGUGCUCAACCACCCGUAUCUUGAUGACCCCGGUAUCAUUCCCCCGGCCACCAUCCCUCCCAUGCGUCUCACGUCCAAAGUUUCCCGCCCAGUCUCACAGGCUGUGAUUCAAGAUCUCUGCUUCCUUGCCCAUAUUCAAGGCAGGUUCGUCUUGUGUGAGACGUCCAAGAAGGUCGAGCAGCGCCUCUACGGUCGUGAGCCCUGCUGGGAGCAGCGUUGGGCUGUCAUUCUCGAUGAAUGGGAGCAGCGUGCCGAAAUUGACUGGGAGGACCUUCCCGUCAUCCCAGAACGCAAGUCCAAGAGCCUCCCCACUCGCCUUCGUCCCAUUCCCAGUCUCCGCCACAUCCACCUCUCGCCAGUUCACACACCGCAGGACCAACCCGCCACUGAGGACUCUGCGAUGGACGUGUCUACUACCGCCCACCAGACCCCUUCCAAGAGGGCCACUCCGGACAAGGAGAUUGUCACUCCCCCUCCUCCUGCGACCCCAAUUCCGACCACCAAGACCAAGUCCCGUAUCAAGGCCAUGAAGGGCAAGAACGAGGCCGAGGCGCCUACUCCGACCCGCACCGUCCUUGCCGUCACUCGCACUGUCAGGGCUGCCGUCGGCGGCGAGGUUAAAAAGGUCAUGGGUCCCAGUGCGUUUGGUGUUCGCUCCAAGCGCCCCAACACGGUGUUCCCCAACAGGGCUGGUCAGACCAAGCCCGACUCCUCCGGCAGCUCGACUGCGGUCGACUCCUCGGUUGGCGUCUCGGGGGCUAAAUCCGCCAUCCCUAGCCGUGUCCCCAGGCCCAAGAAGAACUCUGCUGCUGUUACCAUUCAGAAGAAACGUCUCCCCCCUCCUGUGCGUCUGUCUCCUCCCGAAAAGAAGCUGCAGGCACUCGCCCUCGGUCCCCCGGACCAGGCCCAGCCUCCCCGUCGUUCGCCCAGGUUCGUGUAA